AUGCCUUUUAUUAUUCAUGUAGUUUGUCAUAUACAUAGUCAUUUACAACCGAGUUAUAUAUGUGAAGGAAAUGAAAAAAGUAGUGAUGUGGUUUCAAGUUCCUCAAUGGCAAUUACAUCAGUUUACCAAGCCAUCUUUGGCACUAAAACAAAAUUUGCAGGUUUAUCAUAUUUAGAUUUAAAACAACCUGAAAUAUUUCAAAAAUUAUUAGAAAAUGAUAGUCAAAUCAUCGCUGAAUAUAAAGAUAGUUCUCCCAAUGCUGUUUGGAACCAAACUGGAGUUCUAAAAUCCUUCCCAGGUAAUACUUUAUUCGCUAUAAAUCACCCAAUGACCUUACAACAAUUAGAUCAAAUAUAUAAAGCCAAAUUUAAUUAUCAAACGUUAAUACCAAAUGAGUGUACAUUUGUAGAUUGGAAUAAUAAAACAAUUAUGGGGCAUUUAUUUGAUUUACAUUUAAAAAAAGCAGUUGAAGACCAUGAUACGCUUAAAAACCUAUAUAAAAAUGGGUUUUUAAAUACUUCUUCACAAUCUUUGUCAACUGCUGAAUCAUUCUGGAACUGUUUUCAUAAUAGUUAUGAUGCAAAUUUUAGAGGAAUUGAUGGUAAAAUAUAUAUACUGUCAAUAAUUGUAGAAAGUUUUACAUAUCAGGAAUUGAUGGAUAAAUUAGAA